AUCCGGGUCCCGCGUGGCGGAUGAAAGAGUGGCGCGGAAAGGUGCUGGGAAUUGAUCUGAUAGCACGUACUGAUGGCCGUAAAGAAGUCAUCACUCCCACUGGAAUCCAGUGAGAGUGACUCUGAGGAGUUGCCAACCUUUGCUUUUCUGAAGAGGGAACCAUCUUCAACAAAGAGAAGGCAGCCUCAGAAGGAGGAGAAGAUUGUCGUGGUUGACACCUCAGAUUCUGAGGCCUCCUGUCCUCCAUCACCAAAAUUGAAAGAUCCACCACCUGUUCCAGAGACAGCUGAAACUGUCACACAGACAGAGCCAGUCAGGGUGCUAAGCAGUGGAAGUGAGGGUGAGGAGGAAUUUAUUCCCCUGGCUGAGAGACUGACUUGUAAGUUUUUGACCCAUAAGCAGAUGAGCCCUGAGGACUCCAGCUCCCCAGUUAAAAGGGUUUUGGAUCAUCAAAAUAAUGAAGAAGCGUCACGUGACUGGCAAAACCAGCCCUUUACAAAGAUCCGUGAUAUUCCCCUCCGUGACGCCUCAGAGAGGUGUGCAUCAAGUAACAAGGACCCUAAGGUAGACAGUAUGUGCCCUCAGCUGCCAGCAUACCAAACUACGUGCUCUGUCCAGAGCAACAGAUUGACAGUAACUGAAACAAAUGCUGAGGUACCCCCACCUCAGAAGAGAACCAAACAUAAUCAGAAGGUCCAGAAGAGAGGCUCACAGGGAUGCCAGCAGCAGGAACAAGCAAGCCAAAAGGAAGGUGCCCAGAGGCAACAGGAAAGGAAGAAGAAGGCAGCCCUGGUUAACAGGCUGAAAGCUCAGAGGCCAGAGGAAUGCUUAAAGCACAUUGUUGUGCUGCUGGAUCCAGUGCUCUUACAGAUGGAAGGUGGGGGCCAGCUCCUCGGAGCACUGCAGUCCAUGGAGUGCUGCUGUGUGAUUGAGGCGCAGGCCGUGCCUUGCAGCAUCACAUGGAGGAGAAGGGCUGGGCCCACUGAGGAUGGAGAGGAGGGCUGGGUGGAGGAGCCAAUGGUUCUGGUGCUGCUCCUGGCAGAGGCGUUUGUGUCCAUGAUCUACAACUUCAAGCAGGUGGACACAGCCAGAAGGGGAAGUCUGGGCAGCACUGAGGAAGGGAAGGAAACACUUCGGAGCUUUGUCACUGACAUCACGGCAAGGACAGCUGGGAAAGCUCUGUCACUGGCGAUUGUGGAUCUGGAGAAAUGCUUCAGUGCUCCGAAUCCUCCAAGGAGAAGGAAACAGGGAGUGGCAAAUAGAGAACAGGCCAAGGAGAAGAAGAAGCAGAGACAAACAGAGGCCAACACAGUGGCCAUGGUGACCAGGGUAGACAUGGAAGAGGCAUUGGUAGAUCUGCAGCUACACACAGAAGCCCAGGCUCGAAUUGUGCAGAGCUGGAAAGAGCUGGCCGACUUGGCGUGCACGUUCACAAAGGCUGUGGCUGAGGCGCCCUUCAAGAAGCUCCGAGAUCAAACUAGUUUCUCCUUCUGCCUGGAGAGUGACUGGGCUGGAGGGGCAAAGGUGGACCGUUCUGGCAGGGGGCUUGCCCUGGUCUGGAGGAGACAGAUUCAGCAGCUGAACCGAGUCAGCCUGGAAAUGGCCAGUGCCAUUGUGGACGCCUACCCCUCCCCACAGCUCCUGAUCCAGGCUUAUAAGCGGUGUUUUUCUGAGCAAGAACGCCAGAAUUUGCUCGCAGACAUACAGGUGCGCCGUGGGGAAGGUGUGACAGCCACCUCCCGCCGUGUUGGACCAGAGCUCUCCAGGCGUAUCUACCUUCAGAUGACAGCUUUGCAGCCAGAUCUCUCUUUAGACAGUACAGACUGAUGCCAGCCCUCAGGGACAAGGAUGAAAACACGAUUUCCACCCCAGCCCCCUUCCUCCCCCCAAGCAUGACUAUAGUGCAGGGAUUAGAAGCACCUACUGCAGCACAAGCCUGGGUCCUGCCCACAACAUGCUUUCCUGGGUGUCACUAUUUGCGAGUGUCCCUACCUGUCAGCAUGGGGCGGAGGCUGAGAUGCUCACAUUUGCCUUCCUCUCCUAGCAAGUUGACUGCCAUGUACAUACCAAUCACCCUGACCCCUGCCCGCCCUCAAAAUACAAAGGAACAAAGACAGACCACUCAGACAUGUGUUUAAUAAUUGUAAAAAUCCAAAAAAACCUCAGUGUCAAACCUUGAGGUCACGGUGGGUUACCUGACAAGGCUGGAUGUGCUCCCGCCUUCCUCCCACCCACUGAGGCUGCCUCAACCAGCCAAGGGACAGGGGUCUGAUCACUAUGCUGACUUCUGUAUUCCCUUAAUCUCAUUUUAUGUACUAUGUGUUUCGUUUCAAUAAAGCAUUUGUACCAAUGGC